AGGCGCCGGGCCGGGGGCGGGGGCUGGCGCCGGCACGGAGGGAGGCGGUCGGCGGACGUGGCCCGGCUUCUCUCUGUCUCUCGCGCUCCGCUAUGGCCGCUGCUCUGUCCCGCGGCGCCUCCCCCCGGCCCGGCCCGGCGCGGCGGCCGCCGCCGCCGCUGCUGCUGUGGCUGCUCGGAAGCCUCCUGUGCGCGGCCCCGGCGCGGGGCGAGGCGGAGCCGGAUCCGCACGCGCGGCACCGUUACAACGCCGAGAUGCUGCGCCACGCCGCCCAGAGCGCCCCGCACUUCGUCAUGUUCUUCGCCCCCUGGUGUGGACACUGUCAACGUCUGCAACCAACUUGGAAUGAUCUGGGAGACAAAUACAACAACAUGGAAAAUCCAUCAGUCUAUGUUGUAAAAGUGGAUUGCACUAUAGAUAUUCCUCUCUGCUCUGAAUUUGGAAUCAGAGGAUACCCCACCCUAAAGCUGCUUAAACCAGGCCAAGAAUCUGUGAAAUACCAGGGUCCUAGAGACUUCCAGGCACUGGAAAGCUGGAUGUUGCAGACACUAAAUGAGGAACCAGCUGAGCAAGAAUCUGAUCUGCAACAACCAAAACUUCCGGAACCUAAACAGGGAAUGCAUGAUCUCUCAGCCGCCAAUUUCAAGAUGCAUACAGCAGAAGGUAAUCACUUUAUCAAAUUCUUUGCCCCUUGGUGUGGCCACUGCAAGGCUUUGGCUCCAACUUGGGAACAGCUGGCUUCAGUUCUUGAACAUUCUGAAACUGUCAAGAUUGGCAAGGUUGACUGUACACAGCAUUAUGAAGUCUGUUCUGAAAACCAAGUUCGUGGAUAUCCCACCCUCCUCUGGUUUAGGAAUGGUGAAAAGGCUGACCAGUAUAAAGGAAAGAGGGAUUUGGAUUCAUUAAAGGAAUAUGUAGAUUCUCAGCUACAAAAUGCCAAGAAUGCCCCAGACGCUGAUAAGCCAUCUGAAGUUCCACAACAGCCUACAGAACCCACUCAUGAUGAGGCUACAGUCCUGUCUCUCUCUGAAAAAGACUUUGACCAAACCAUUGCUAAAGGGGUUACCUUUAUUAAAUUCUAUGCUCCAUGCACUGGCUGUGAGCCCAAGACGUGGUGUGGGAUCCAUAAUCUACUGCCCCUGAUGUGUGAGAGCUACCCCUGAGCCAUGUUGAGAGUGAUGGGGUGCUUCUGCUAGAGGGCCACUGUUACCCUGUUAUGCAUGAGAGAUACUCUGGGGGAAGAAGAGAAACACAGUAAAUUAAAUUGUAAAAUCAGAAUAGAACUGCUAGAAGACUUGUCAUGGCUUUUUCUUACCCAAAAGAUCAGCUUCUUAUGUCUAUUCAGUAUUAAUAUCGAUAUUUGUAUACUAAAAAACAGUGCUUGCCUUUGCUGUGUUGUCUUCUGCGCUCAUUCCCAGCAUACUCUGCUGCUACUUUCUUGUAUCCUGUCUGAAAGCAGAUUGUACGCUUCCACAGCAGUACAGUAAUUUUUACACAGUGGUGAUUCUUAGCAUAGUUUGGGUUCUGUAAAAUAACUUGCUGACUUCAUUGUCAAAAAUUAACUGCUUUUUUACUCAUCACUGUAGACUCAAUGCAGCUAAGAGGAAAUGAGUAUAUAAUAUAUACUUAAGUGGAAUUAUCUACUGUUCAGUUUAUACCUGUGCAGCGCCACUGACGGCAGAUGUGGUUGCACAGGACCAGAUUUUGCCUACACAACCUUUUACAGGCUAUGAUGCACAAGGAGGAAAGAGUCUGGCUUGAUGAUUCAGAACCCAGAUGUAGUUUGCAGGGUUGGGAAUUAGUUUUCUGAGCUCAAUAUAAAGAGAAUUGAGACACACAAGUGGAAUCCCAAUAAGCCCUUUUAGUUACUUUUCAGAGUAGAAUUACACUUUAAAUACCUUCCCCUCUUCUCACUGGAUUCCAAAAGGGUACUGGUCAUGGGGCAAACUCCAGAAGAAUGCCAGAUGGCAAUCGAGGAAGGUUGUAUUAAACACAGAACCAACCUAUUAGCUGCUGCCAGAGAGGAUAGAGUGCUUAUCACAAAGUCGUAGUUUAGGAAACUGUUUGCUACAUUCAUGUAGUUGGUAUCCUAUUCUUAGCUCAAAAAUCAUGCCUGUGUAUACAGUUGUAGUUCAUUGUAUAUAAAUGACCUUUUCCCUUUCCAAGUAGAUUAAUUUGUGUUUGGCUAAGCAAACACUAUUAGGUUGAGAUCUACUUUUGCCCUUCAGUUUAUUUUAGGUAAAUAUUAACAUUAAGUUGCACAGUAAGUAUGAGAAAUUGUUUUGUGCGUGGUCAGUAAUGCUUUUACACUCCGUGUAUAUUAACAGAAGAGUUCAAAUAUAUACUUGUUUUCUG